AUGACAGUCAUUCGGUUACGCUCUUUCAGCCCAUUGAGUGAUGCCAUGCUUCAUUCGAUCGCUACUCUCGAAUUAGGCGAUCCAGCUUUCAACUGGUAUGACAAUAAUCGUGACUCAUUAGAUUCGUGGUCUCUAUUAAAAACUAAUCUAUUAGCACGUUUUAAACCGUCUUUGUCUGCUGCAAAAACACAAUUGAAAGAUCGUCGUCAACAACCGGGUGAAUCAUUAUUAGCAUACUACGACGAUGUCAUUGAUUUAUGCAAACAGGUCGAUUCUGACAUGCCGCUUCAUAUGAUUGUCGAUUAUUUACAAGAUGGUGAGCGCGAUGCACUCAAAAUUCACAUAAAACGUCGAAUGAAAACACUUCCUGAUACUCCAUCACCAGCUCAAUUUUUAACAAUCGCACGCGACGAAGAAGAAUUACAACAAGAACUUUUACCUUCCGAAGCAUCUACUAUUACUGCUGCUCAACCUUACUUUCCUCAUUUUACAGCAGCUACUAACACUUCUACUCUCCGACCGAACUAUUCUCCUCGUCAUUCAUCUUCCAAUAGUCAAUCGUCUUAUUCAACACACCCUAUCAAUCCAUCACCUCGUCUUCAUCUCGUUCCGGCUUUGCACAGAAUCAAUUUAGUCCUUGCCUAA